AUGCCUAAACGUUUAUUCGAGGAAAAUUUUAAUGAUGGUAUUCAAGACAAUAAAAAGAAAUCCAGCAGAAUCAAAAAGAUUCCUGAUAAAUUAUUAAUUAUUGUUUUAGAAAAUGCGAGCUUAGAAAUAAUCAAAGUUGGAAAUAAAUAUGAAUUGCUUAAUAUUGAAAAACACAAACAAAUUUUAAAUAAAAAGAUUUAUACAGAUUUAUCAAAUUUAAGGCCUGAUAUAGUCCACCAAUGCCUACUUAUGCUAAUGGAUAGCCCUUUAAAUUUAUCUGGUCAUUUAAAAGUAUACAUCCAUACCCAAAAAAAUGUAUUAAUUGAAAUAAAUCCUCGAACUAGGAUACCAAGAACAAUAGAAAGAUUUUCAGGAUUAAUGGUACAACUUUUACAAAACCUAAGUAUACAAUCAGUACAAUCUGAAGAAAAAUUAUUAAAAAUAAUCAAAAACCCUGUCUCUAAUCACAUUCCCAUAGGUUUUAUGAAAUUUGGAACAUCAGUUUUAUCCUCAAUAUCAAUGAAACCAUUUGAAUUAAUUACUCUUAUUAAUGAUAAAACAGAGAAUCCUGAUAAAAUAAUUAAUGAAAGAUAUGUAUUUGUUGUAGGAGCAAUGGCUCAUGGAUCAGUCAAUACAGAUUACACUGAAAAAGAUAUUAGUCUUAGUGAAUACCCUUUAUCUGCAGCUCUUACCUGUUCAAAGUUAUGUAAUAUAUUUGAACAAGCAUGGAAUAUUUUUUGAUAGAAAUUAUUUUUGUAAAAUUAUAAAAGCAGCAUUAUGUCAAUAUAAAUCAAGAUUUAAAUUAUUAAAAUGUAAAUUUAAUCACAUUGGCAAAUUUUUGUCAAAACAUUUCUGAUAAGCAAUUUUUCAUUUGAUUCCUAUGAUACCUAAAUAUAUUUUUAGUCAAAUUUAUUAUGAAAGCAUUUUUUUUUUUAAAUCGCUUAAGAUUUAAAAAUAUCAUGCCAAUCAAAUAUGUCUUUUAUUUAUCAUAUAUUCUAUAAGUUAUAGCCUACUGAAACCUUUUUUUCACAUUUAUAGCUUGUAUAAUAAAACUUAUAAACUAGUGAUCUGCAAGGCCUGGCACCCCCCCCCUCUGGAGUUUGAAUUUACUUUAAUCUUAGAUGAGCCUAAUUUGAAAAUAAUUUUGGUUCAGACUAGGCCUAUUCAAAAAUAAUUCGAUUUGAAUAAUUCGAAUCUAAUCGAAUAAUUAUGAAUACGAAUAAUAAAUUAUUUGUUUUAUCUGAAUACGAAUAAUCAUUUAUUCGAUUUGAAUAAAACGAAUUAUUUGUAAUCAGAGUUGGGCAGGUCCUCCAGAAAAAGAAUCUAGAUACAGAUUCUUUUAAAAAAAAUGAAUCUUAGAUACAGAUUCUAGUAUCUUUUUCGAAAUAUCAAAAAGAUAAAUGAUACUUGUAUCUUUUACUAAAUUAGAGUAUCUUAAAUAUAAGAUACUUUUAAAUUAUCAUUACCAAUUAAAUUAGAAUAGUUUAUAAUAAAAUACAGUUUUUAUUAUUUAUUUGUGAAGAACAUAGCAUACAAAUAUAAGAAUGAAUAUUUGCAAUAAUUAAUAAAAUAUUUAUUGAUGAAUUAAUUAUAAUAAUCAGGGAUUAAUAAUAUUAAUUUUUGCCCAUUAAUAACUUAAACAGGGAAGGGAGAGUAGUAUAUUUAAUGGGAGUUAAAAAUGUGCAAAUAAGAAAAAAAAUUAAAUCAAAUGAUUUAUUAGAAUUUGCAGGUUAUUUUCUGUGUUGUUUUAAAUAUAGCUUAUAUUCGGAGUAUAUGGA